AUGAAUUACCUUUCAUUAUCACGCCCAUUCUUGGUGGCGAGGAGAAUAUCCGGCCCUCACCUGAUCGGGUCAUGUCUUUCCCGGGGAUUGGCCACGGCGCAGAAGAGUAAGAAGUUGCCAUUGGCUGGGGUCAAAGUUUUGGAUAUGAGUCGGGUACUGGCUGGACCGUACUGCACGCAGAUCCUGGGCGAUCUCGGUGCAGAAAUAAUCAAAGUUGAGCAUCCUGUUCGAGGCGACGAUACUCGUGCCUGGGGCCCACCUUACGCCCCAUAUAAUGAUGGCAGAAAAGGCAACGGCGAAAGCGCAUACUACCUCUCGGUAAACCGAAACAAGAAGUCCCUCGGUCUUUCCUUCGCUCAUCCUGAAGGUGUUGAAAUCUUGCACAAACUUGCCCGCGACUGCGACGUCCUCGUCGAGAAUUACCUCCCCGGUUCUUUGAAAAAGUACAACCUAGACUACGAAACUCUGUCCAAGAUCAACCCACGCCUUAUUUACACCAGUAUCACCGGAUACGGACAGACAGGACCCUACAGCAACCGGCCCGGCUUCGACGUGAUGGUCGAAGCUGAAUUUGGACUGAUGCAUUUGACCGGGACACGGGAUGGACCGCCUGUUAAGGUUGGCGUUGCGGUAACGGAUUUGACGACCGGAUUAUAUGCCUGUAAUUCAAUCAUGGCUGCAUUGUUGGCUCGCGCGAAUACAGGCGAGGGCCAGCAUUUGGAUGUGUGUUUGAGUGAUUGCCAGGUCGCGACUUUGGCGAAUAUGGGGGAGUCGGUGCUUAUUAGUGGAAAGAAAGAUUCCGGUCGGUGGGGGACUGCUCAUCCUUCUGUCGUUCCGUAUCAAGGGUUCAAAACUGCCGAUGGAGAUAUCUUUGUUGGAGGAGCGAAUGAUCGUCUGUUUGGGAUUCUUUGUGACAAGAUUGGGAAAUCUGAAUGGAAGAAUGACCCCCGCUUUGUGACGAAUAAUGAGCGUGUGCAAAAUCGGGCUCAGUUGGAGCCAUUGAUCGAGGCUGAAUUGACAAGACGCACCACUCGUGAAUGGCAGGAUUUGUUCGAGGGAAGUGGUCUGCCCUAUGCCGCUGUGAAUGAUGUCCAAGGGACUAUGAAUCACGAACAUGGGGUAUGGUUCAGACCAUCGAUCACCCGGCUUGUGGACCCAUCAAGGUCAUCAGUCCCCCCUGUGAAAUACUCGAAUGCCGAGGCGAAUAUUCGUUUACCCCCUCCUUUGUUGGGGGAGCAUACCGACGAGGUAUUGAAUGACACUCUUGGAAUGGACUCUGUCAAGAUUGAAGAGUUGAGGAGCAAAGGAGUCAUAGCAUAA